UGGCUGCUCGGUAGGGAUGUGCACGCACACUGCCUCCACAACAACGAUGACUGGACCAGUCUUGAAUUUCACAGACGUAGAAUAUUGUCCGGUCAAUGGAACUGCAACAGCUGCAAGCUGACCCAGCGGAAGGAGAAGAAAGAACCAAGUAUGAGUCAGAAGAGAUCCUUUCUCUCAGUCAGACUUAUCCAAAAUGCCUUGUAAACUGCUAAAUCUAUGUGAGUAUGAAACACAUAAACUGGUCCGAAUACAAAGUGUAAGGCUGGGAUCGCUGAAAUGGACAUUUAACGGAGUCAUAUUGAUGUUCAUCUGCAUUAUGAUGCUCUGGAACAAGGAGUACCAAGAACACGACUAUGUGGUCAGCUCUGUUACUGCUAAGGUCAAGGGAGUGGCCUUAACCAGUUUACCAGAUGUUGGUGAUAUAGUAUGGGACGUUGUGGAUUACAGUGGGCCAUCACAGGGAAAGAAUUCAUUUUUCGUGGUGACCAAUGUCAUUGUUACAAAAAAACAAAGGCAAGGAAAAUGCCCUGAGGUCCCUCCGUAUGGAAAAGUGUGUCGGACAGACGAGGACUGUGUAAAGGGAUUCUGGGAUCAGCACAGUCACGGGAUUCAGACAGGUGCAUGUGUGAAGUUUGAUGUGACACGGAAAACAUGUGAGGUGUCUGCGUGGUGCCCCAUAGAGUCCAAGAAAAAGCCCCCCAAGCCUGCUCUCUUGGCAUCAGCUGAGAACUUCACAGUCCUCAUCAAAAACAACAUCAGAUUCCCAAACUUUAAUUUCAUGAGAAGGAACAUCCUCCCUGAGAUGACGGAAAGCUACCUGAAGCGCUGCCAGUUUAACAGGCAUACAGACUCCUCGUGCCCCAUCUUCCGUCUGGGGGACAUUGUAAAGGAGGCUAAAGAGAACUUCUCAGAGAUGGCAGUUGAGGGUGGCGUCAUUGGGAUCCAAAUUAAGUGGGAUUGUAACCUGGAUGGGUUCUUGCGGAACUGUCUGCCCAAAUACUCCUUCCGCCGGCUGGAUGAGAAGGAGAGCAAUAGAACACUGUACCCUGGUCUCAACUUCAGGUUUGCCAGAUAUCAGACAGAGAAAGGUGUUGAGGAGAGAACCCUGUUUAAAGCAUUUGGGAUCAGGUUUGAUGUCAUGGUGUUUGGAGAGGUUUGUAUGACUGAGUAAAUCUCAUCAUUUAAACCUGCAACAAUGAUGAUGGUAAUCUUGUGAAUGUUGUUAUUUUGUAGUUUUUUUUUACCCCCUUUUUCUCUUUAAUUUUGAUCUUGUCUCAUCGUUGCAACUCCCCAACGGGCUUGGGAGGCGGAGGUUAAGUGAUGCAUCCUCCAAAACAUGACCCGCCAAACCUCGCUUCUUAACACCCACCCGGUAAACCCGGAAGCCAACCGCACCAAUGUGUCGGAGGAAACACUGUUCAACUGACAACUGCUUUUAGCCUGCAGGCACCCGGUCCGACACAAGGAGUCGCUAGAGUGCGAUGAGCCAAGCAAAGUCCCCCCAGGCCAAACCCUCCCCUAACCCAGACGGCGCUGGGCCAAUUGUGCGUCACCCUAUGGGACUCCCGGUCACGGGGGAUUGAACCCGAGCUGUAUCUCUUAGUAGGCGUACAUUUAUUUUUCUAAUUCAUGAAAAUCUGAAAAAUACAAAUGGUAAUUUAUAUCAUGUGUUCUUUUAAGGCAGGAAAAUUCAGCAUAAUCCAACUGAUCAUAUUUAUUGGAUCAACUCUAUCAUAUUAUACACUGACCACUGUAUUUAUCGACUGGCUCAUUGGGACCAGUUGUUACUCUAAAGAAGCCAGACAGAACUACUCCGAGAAGAAAGUUGAA